AGCUCCGCUCCCCGCCGGUCUCUCUCUGUCUCUCCUCCUCCCUCCUCCUGCUCCGGGCGGAGCCCGGCAUGGGGGGGCCGGCGCCCGACAGGCCAGUGGAUCCGGGACCCAGGGAGGGCCACCCCCCGGGCCUGGUGGCACUGAGCAGGGCCGCCCAGCCCCCACCUGCUGCCCCACGACAUGAACCUCCUCUACCGAAAGACCAAGCUGGAGUGGAGGCAGCACAAGGACGAGGAGGCCAAGAGGAGCUCCAGUAAGGAGGUGGCCCCCGCAGGCCCGGCAGCGGGGCCUGGGGCUGGCCCAGGGCCUGGGGUCCGUGUACGGGACAUUGCCUCACUGCGCCGCUCCCUCAGGAUGGGUUUCAUGACGAUGCCCGCCUCCCAGGAGCACACCCCACACCCCUGCCGCAGCGCCAUGGCCCCACGCUCCCUCUCCUGCCACUCGGUGGGCAGCAUGGACAGUGUGGCGGGCGGACCUGGGGGGGGCGGUGGGGGUCUCACCGAGGACAGCAGCACCCGAAGACCCCCAGCGAAGCCCCGGAGACACCCCAGCACCAAGCUCAGCAUGGCAGGGUCAGGAGCAGAGACACCCCCUGGCAAGAAAGCAGGCUCACAGAAGCCAACCCCAGAAGGACGAGAGUCCAGCCGGAAGGUUCCUCCCCAGAAGCCCAGGCGAAGCCCCAACACCCAGCUCUCUGUCUCCUUUGAUGAGUCCUGCCCCCAAGCCCCGUCUCCUCGAGGGGGGAACCUGCCCCUUCAGCGCCUCAGUAGGGGGUCCCGGGUAGCUGGGGACCCUGAUGUGGGUGCCCAGGAAGAAGAACCUGUGUACAUUGAGAUGGUGGGGGAUGUCUUCAGGGGUGGAGGACGAAGCGGGGUCUUGACAGGGCCUCUUCUUGGGGGUGGAGGCCCGACCCCUCCAGCUGGCGCUGACUCGGACUCAGAAGAGAGCGAGGCCAUAUAUGAGGAGAUGAAGUACCCACUUCCCGAAGAGGCAGGGGAAGGCCGGGCCAACGGGGCCCCUCCAUUGAUGGCAACCUCCCCACCACAACAGCCUCAUGCCCUUCAGCCCCACACCCACCGCCGCCCAGCUUCAGCCCUCCCGAGCAGAAGGGACGGGACGCCCACCAAGACUACUCCUUGUGAAAUCCCCCCACCCUUCCCCAACCUUCUUCAGCACCGCCCUCCACUCCUGGCCUUUCCCCAAGCCAAGUCUGCUUCCCGAACCCCUAGUGAUGGGGUCUCGAGGCUACCGGUCCUCUGCCACUCCAAGGAGCCAGCCGGCUCCACCCCAGCUCCCCAAGUGCCUGCACGGGAGCGGGAGACACCUCCCCCACCGCCUCCACCUCCUGCUGCCAACCUGCUGCUGCUGGGACCAUCAGGCCGGGCCCGGAGCCACUCAACACCGUUGCCACCCCAGGGCUCUGGCCAGCCCCGGGGGGAGCGGGAGCUCCCCAACUCACACAGCAUGAUCUGCCCCAAGGCAGUGGGGGUGCCGGCAGCCCCUGCUGCCCCAGCAGCCUUGCUCCCCGGUCCCCCCAAGGACAAGGCCAUGUCUUACACCAUGGUGUACUCGGCGGUCAAGGUGACCACGCACUCUGUCCUGCCAGCUGGUCCACCCCUGGGUGCUGGGGAGCCAAAGACGGAGAAGGAGAUCUCAGUCCUUCAUGGGAUGCUGUGUACCAGCUCAAGGCCCCCUGUGCCAGGGAAGUCCAGCCCCCACAGCGGGGCCAUGGGUGCAGCAGCUGGGGUCUUCCACCACCGUGGCUGCCUGGCCUCCCCUCACGGCCUUCCAGACCCAACUGCAGGCCCCCUGACUCCCCUCUGGACCUACCCAGCUGCAGCAGCUGGGCUCAAGAGACCCCCUGCCUAUGAGAGCCUCAAGGCUGGGGGGUUGCUGAAUAAGGGCUGUGGAGUGGGGGCCCCAUCCCCCAUGGUCAAGAUCCAGCUGCAGGAGCAAGGGACUGAUGGGGGUGCCUUUGCCAGCAUCUCCUGUGCCCACGUCAUCACCAGUGCAGGGUCACCAGAGGAGGAAGAGGAGGAGAUGGGCACCACAACAUUUGGGGCAGGCUGGGCUCUGCAGAGGAAAGUCCUAUAUGGAGGGAGGAAGGCAAAGGAGCUGGACAAAGUUGAGGACAGUGCCCGGGCCUGGAAUGGCAGUGCUGAGGGUCCAGGCAAGGUGGAACGUGAGGACAGGGGCCCUGUGACAUCAGGGAUCCCAGUAAGGAGCCAGGGGGCAGAGGGCCUGCUGGCCAGGAUCUACCACGGAGGGGACCGAGCAGGGAGCCGCACAGCGCUGCCCAUACCCUGCCAGACCUUCCCUGCCUGCCACCGCAAUGGAGACUUCACCGGAGGCUACCGCCUGGGUCGCUCCGCCUCCACCUCGGGAGUCCGGCAGGCCGCGCUCCACAGCCCCCGGCCCUGCAGCCAGCCCAGGGAUGCCCCGAGCCAGACCCACCCCGCGCUGCCGCUGCCGCUGCCACUGCCGCCGCAGCCGGCCCGCGAGCGCGACGGCAAGCUGCUGGAGGUGAUCGAGCGCAAGCGCUGCGUGUGCAAGGAGAUCAAGGCGCGCCACCGCCCCGACCGGGGCCUCUGCAAGCAGGAGAGCAUGCCCAUCCUCCCCAGCUGGCGGCGGGGGCCCGAGCCCCGCAAGGCCGGCACCCCGCCCUGCCGCCGGCAGCACACUGUCCUCUGGGACACUGCCAUCUGAGGAGCGCGGGAGGCCGGGGCGUGGACUGGGGAGCGGGGCGGGGCAUGCCCGGCUCUCCCGGGAGACUUGCCUUGAAAGACUGAAGGACCAGGGAGAGAGAGACAGGGAGAACCCCUCCCCUCCACCCUAGUCCCCCAAGACGGGGACUCUGCCAAGCCUAUCAGCCUUGGGGUGCCAACAGCACCCCAAUAAAUCUGGGGGAGGAGGAGGGUUCGCUUGAGGUUGGGGGUGAGUCACUCCUGCUCUCUCCCCACCAAGAGGUAGACUCCUUCUGAGAGGGCCGAGACCAAGCCAGAGGUCAGCAUGGGGAAGGAGGA